ACCAGACAGACAGGAAUAAUGGCUUCGUUGGUGGGUCGUAUCUCUCGGGCUCUUUUCAUUAGAAAUACAGCAACACUGAGUCGCAACGCUGGCCCGAAAUCUGUGAAUUCGACAGGGCCGACUCUUAGUCGAACCGCCGUGUCAUCCACAUCGGGAGCCAUUCUUCCCAGUCCCGAAAAGGUUCCAUUCGGGCUGACCCGCAUGACUGUGGUGGUGGUGCCAUUCCUGUAUGUCGGGACUUGGAUCAGCAUGAAAUUCGCUGUUCUGCUAGAGGAAAAUGAUAUUUUCGUUCCAGAUGAUGAUGAUGAUGAUGACUGAGAAGUGCAUGUUCACUCCAGCAGUCUGGUGAUCUUCUAGGAGCUGCAGCACUGGUGCACGUGACAAGAACAUUUAUGCAAUAAUGAAGACCAUCAACAAGCUCAUGUGUUUACAUUUCUGCAUUACACUAAACCUUACCCAGAGUUUAUUUUUUACAUUUGAACUAUUGUCAGAGGGAAUAUUGUUUGAGACUACCAUCACAUUACUAGCCUCUCUUCUAUUCAAUAAAUGGUCUCAAUGUUAAUUAGUGUAUCAG